GGAAUUGACCUAACCUUGUUGACUACUUCGAGACUCUGUUUGGAGGGUCUUUAGUUUUUGAAUAAUCGAAGGCAGCUCAGUGAUUUUUAGCGCAAUACAGCGCUUUGUUUUGAUAAUUAUAAAAUUUGUAUAAAAUGUCUUGUUGUUCAGGAGAUGAUGAUGAUGAACAACGACCAGACCCAACACGUGUGCGAAGAUGUACAGAUAUUUUCUGGCUCUGUUCUUUUAUUGUAUUUUGGUUUCUUAUGAUUUUAAUAGCAGCCUUUGCUUUAGUUUAUGGUAAUCCUUUAAGACUUAUAAAUGGAUAUGAUAGUUUUGGAAAUACAUGUGGAAUGAAGAAUAAUCCAAAAUUUGGUAGUAUGGAACUUUCUGGACAAGAUACUAAAGAUAAACCGUAUUUAUUUUUUUUGGAUAUAAAUAAUGUUACGCAGUCUUUGAAAAUUUGUGUAAAGAAGUGUCCGGACAGAACUAUAACAACAAUGAAUGAAAUAUGUAAAUUUUAUGAAGAAACAGGAUCACAACUUUGUCAUGAUAAACCUGGAAAUGACUUUAGUGCUUGUAGCAAUGAAAACAGAAGAAACAAAACAGGAUCUUGUCCUGAAUUGCCAGUGUACAAGAGUAUACCGGUUCUGAAUCGUUGCAUUCCUAAAGCUAUUAAAGAUGUAGGAGAAACUAUAGUUUCAAACUUAUACGGACUAAUUAAUUCAUGGGAUGUUAUUGAACAGAUUUUAGGAGACUUGUAUAAAACAUGGAGAGAAAUUUUAUCUCUGUCAUUCCUAGCAUUUGUUUUAUCACUUUUUAUGAUUGCUAUAUUUCACUUAUUGGCAAGUAUAGUAACAUGGAUUAUAAUGAUUCUUGUUACUGUAGCAACUAUAGUUGGUACUGUACUUUUAUGGUGGACCUACAUAGAAAUUAAAAGAACUUUAGAUAAAACUGAUCCAAAUCAGCUUCUAGAGGAAUCUGUUAGAAAUGAAAGAGCAUUUUUAGCAUUUUCUAUUAUAGCAACAAUAAUAACUGUCAUUUUAUUGUUCUUAUUAACUAUACUGCGUAAACGCAUUGCAUUUAUGGCAGCAUUAUUCAGAGAAAGUGCAAAAUGUUUAGCAGAAUUACCGGGUCUAUUCUUUCAGCCUUUAUUGACAUUUUCAGCUUUAAUAUUAUUUUUUGCCUUUUGGGUUACUGUAAUCCUUUGUCUUGCAACAGCUAAUUAUCCUGGAACAAAAUCUGUACAAAUGUAUAAAAACCAUAUAUUCGAUCCUUUAAAUUUGAGCUCAAUUGGAGAAAAGAAUGCAUUUGUUGAAGAAAAGAAAUUUGAUUUUUCACUUUAUUCUUUUAAAACUUUUACUCUUGUAGAGUAUGUAGAUCCAACUUGGGUGAAAUACAUGUGGUGGGUAUAUAUUAUAGGAUUAAUAUGGACUUCAGAAUUUAUUAUUUCUUGUCAGGAUAUGGUGAUAUCAGGUGCUGUUGCUCAUUGGUAUUUUAGAGGAAAAGAUGCUAGUGCCGCCCCAGUAUGCUCUGCUAUAGGAAAUUUAGUUAGUUAUCAUUUAGGUUCUGUUGCUUGUGGCUCAUUUUUAAUAACACUUUUUAAAUUGCCCCGUUUAAUUUUGACAUACCUUCAUGCUAAAUUUGAGAAAAACAAAGAAACUUCUCCAUGUGCACAGUGUGGAUUAAAAUGUUGCAUAUGUUGUUUCUAUUGUUUAGAAAAAUUUAUUAGAUAUAUGAAUCACAAUGCAUAUACUGUUGUUGCCAUUGAAGGAACGCAUUUUUGUAAUGCAGCUAAAAUUGCAUUCACCACACUUGUUAGUAAUGCUUUACAAAUAGCAGUGAUUAAUGGAGUAGGAGAUUUUAUUCUGUUUUUGGGUAAAUGCUUUGUUACAGCUGCAACUGGUAGUAUUGGAUUGCUAUUUAUGAAACAAGAUCCUAGAUUAUAUUUUUAUGCAGCUCCAAUUUUUGUCACUUGUGUUUUUGCAUUUUUCAUUGCUCACAGUAUUAUUUCUCUUUAUGAGACUGUGAUUGAUACCUUGUUUCUUUGCAUUUGUGAAGACAAACAAUUAAAUGGCGAAAAUGGAAAGUGGCGUCAAUCAGCAUUAGCACAAAUUGGAUCUAGUAAUAAUGUGAAUGGUCAACAAGCGCAUGAAUUAACACCAAUGAAUACAUAAGUACAAUAUCAGAACACUGAUUUCUCUUCCAACGUUUGUAUAUUUUUUAUACACAUUUUUACACAGCUUUAGUAUAUUACUUUUUCAAAUCACAAAUCGUGCUCAGUUAGUAUUUUAAAUCUAUAUUAUUUACAAACUUUAUAUACUCUGUAGGAUCUAAACAUUACUGCCAUAUGUUCAUAUAAAGCAUUUUCUAUUUCUAUUUUUAUUACAAAAUAAUAACUGCAAUUUUAAUUUUUUAUUAAAUUUUAUCUAUUGAGCAUAAUUUUAGAAUAUGUACAAAAGUAACUAUAACGAUGUACCAUAUUAUAGUUUAAUAUUAUUUAAUUUUUUUUUAAAUUAUUUGGAAAAUAUUAAAUUACUAUUAUAUAAAAUUUUUCUACUAUAAUCAUUAAUUCAGUUAUAGAGAACUAUUAAAUUUUAUAUUCUAAUAAAUGUAGCACAACGAUUGAAAGUAUUUUAUUUUAUAA